AUGAACUACACUAGCAUCUCUGAGCUUCAUCCCAACUUGUCCCACACAAAAGUGGUUGGCAUCAUUAUAGGAAAAACUGAUAUUAGGAGCUUCCCUGACAGAAAAAAUGUAGGUAUGGACAGAUUCAUUUUUGGCUUCACUGUUAAGGACUCUCCUGACUUCUUUAUAAACGUAACCGCCUGGGGAGAUGAUAACUACAUCAACGGGCUUUCCAAAAGUUUUAAUAUUGGUGAUGUUGUCAUUAUUGACAAUCCAUUAGUGGCCACCAAAGAUGCAGAGAGGGAAGAGAGAUUCUGUCCUGCAACACCAAGUCCUUACAGGCUGAUGCUGGCAGAGAGUCAUUCCAAAGUGCGCUUGUGUGCGGACUUGGACACCAGCGACAGCUUGCUGCCACUGAUGCACAUGCCAGUCAAAGACUCUAGAGAUUUCUACUCUCUGGGUGAUGUUGUGGCCAACGGUCAGAGUUUGGACGGAUCAGUUAUAAAUAUACUCGCUGCUGUGAAAGCGACUGGGGAGAUAAAACUGUUCCGGAAAUCAGAUGGAAGCCAGGGGCAGAGGCUGGAAGUCAAGCUUUUUGAUGAGGUGGUCUCUUCCUUUCCCCUCAUCUGUUGGGACAAAGAAGCCAUUCAGCUCGUUCAGACUUCAUUAUCUAAGGGGACUGUGAUCUUCGUAGCGGAUACGAAGAUUAACUUUGACAGGUUCCGCAACGGAAUGACCGCAACAGUCAACUCCAAAACCAUUAUCACUGUCAAUCCCGACACACAAGAGGCCGGCCUGCUGUGCAGCUAUGCUAAAAAGAUGUUAGAAUCUGGUGCACUGGAGCAGGAUGACAUGCCAGAGAAUGUGCUGGUGGAGUCAAUCACUGACGUGUACACGGUCAGUCAACUGAAGAAAAAAGGCCAAGAAAAUAUGGAGGUGUCCUACGGCAUCACAUACUGCUUCAUCUCCAAGCUCGAUCUGGACUCUUCCGUUUCAAAAGUCAUCAAGACUCGCUGCGCCAAAUGUAAGUUCCUGGUGGAAGAGGGAACACAGUAUUGCACCAACCAAUUGUGUCCAGGCAGAGGUCAAGCCUUUUCCUCCACUGUGGGCUUUGACCUGAUGGUGGACCUCACAGACCACACAGGCACCCUGCAUGCCUGCACUCUCAGAAGCCCAGUGGCAGAGGCCAUGCUGGGCUGCACUACACAACAGUUUACUCGUUUGACUGACAAUGAACGCACUGCACUGAAGUGGAAGUUUCUUUUGGAAAGAUGCAAAAUAUAUGUGAAGAUCCUUCCCUCCACAAGGACAAAAAGCGGGUUCUUGGCAGUGGUCCUGGCCUGCUCACUGGCCGACUCGGUUGAGGUGAAGCAAUUCCUGUCAAUUCUGCUCAAGGAGGCCUGA